GCGUGGUGACGGCAUAAGCGCAUGCGCUUGAAUGAUGGGCGGAGUCAAGCAAUCGGUCAGGAAGAGGAGGAAAGGCGGACGCAGAAACAUCAAGUGAUGGCUGCUAUUAGAAAAAAGUUGGUCAUAGUUGGAGAUGGAGCAUGUGGAAAGACCUGUCUGCUGAUCGUCUUCAGUAAGGACCAGUUCCCAGAGGUCUACGUCCCCACAGUGUUUGAGAACUAUGUGGCCGACAUUGAAGUAGAUGGAAAACAGGUCGAACUAGCCCUUUGGGACACAGCCGGUCAAGAAGACUAUGACCGACUGAGGCCUCUCUCCUACCCUGACACUGAUGUUAUUCUUAUGUGUUUCUCUGUAGACAGUCCCGACAGUUUAGAGAACAUUCCAGAAAAGUGGACGCCAGAAGUGAAACAUUUCUGCCCAAAUGUUCCCAUCAUCCUUGUGGGUAAUAAAAAAGAUCUGCGCAAUGACGACCACACCAGACGAGAGCUGGCAAAAAUGAAACAGGAGCCAGUUAGAUAUGAAGAUGGCAAAGAAAUGGCAAACCGCAUUUGUGCCUACGGCUACCAGGAGUGCUCUGCCAAAACCAAAGAUGGCGUGCGGGAAGUCUUUGAGAUGGCAACUCGAGCCGCGUUGCAGGCCAAGAAGAAGAAGAAGUCGGGCUGCAUUCUGCUAUAGACCGCGACGCAACUGAAAGUUACCCUUUUAAUACAGAUGCGGAGCUUGCGUUGAGAAUUUGAUCUUGGGGAGGGCCCAAAAAAAAC